AUGGACGCUGACGUUGAAGAAGCUGCAUUAGAACAGGUAGCAGCUUUACUGCAGCGUCCAGAUCAACUAGAAAAGUUGCCUGAACUGAAAAAGCGAGCUGAUCGGAAGAAACUCGCAGUUGAGGCCAUGCUCAGAACUGGCGUUCAAGGCCAACUUGAAGGAAUCCGAACAGCCAUUGCUCAUUUGCAAACUGCUUCAGAAGACGUUACUGCUAUUUCUCAGGGAGUAGCUGACAUUCGUGAGCGAUUAAAGCCGUUUCCUCAACUAAAGGAAAAACUCCGCGAGCUUCGUGAUGCCAAUGCUCGUCAUGGACAAUAUGCAGCAGCAAUGGAAAAUUUGAAGCAUAUUUUCAAUCUUCAAGCAACACUUCAAGAAAUUCGCGAUGCGUUGGACGAUGAUAAAUCGGGUGCUUCUUGUAAAUUUUUUCAAAGGGUGGACGUCGUAGUAGCCGAACUUUCGAAAAAUAUGUGGUUCAUUUUGGGACGAACAUUGGAAAUGGUCAAGGGCAAUGAACAAGGUGGUGGACCACAGCAAGUUGUAACAUGUCUUCGAAUUGUUGAAAGAGAAGAGAGAAUCGACAAUUUCUACAUGGAUGCUCGAAGUAAGAACUCUUCCGCAUUUGUGCCGCCUGGACGACCAAGAAACUGGAAAGAGAAAGCGUUGAGAUCACUAGAGAAAACAGUUGUCAAUCGUGUGGACGGUAAUCAGUUAGAGGAUCGAAGUCUCAACAAGGCGUGGCUUGCUCGAUACCUAGAAGUGUGUCGGAACGUCAUCAUGGAUGAUUUACAGUCAGCGAAAGUUGCGAUUCCAUGUUUCCCCCCAGACUGGCAAAUUUAUGAUAGAUACGUUAAUAUGUAUCACAGUGCUGUAUGUAGAAAACUCCGUGAAGUAGCUUCCGAUCGUCUCGAAAAAAGUGAACUGGUUCAAUUGAUGUCUUGGAUUAAGUUCUAUGCAUCGGAAGAUAUGCUGGGCCAUCCAAAAUUGAAAAUCAAUGCCCAGGCCAUUCUGCAAGACAGUCCUGUUUUGACUAGAAGCACUUUGAAUUCCCUUUGCGAUCAGUUUGUGGAAAUGUCGAGAGAAGACUUGAAGUUGUGGCUGAAGAAUACAGUGUCCCAUGAAACUCUGGAUUGGAACAAGAAUGUUCGACCAAGCGAGGAUAAUCAUGGAUACUUCUACACUGAUUUGCCAAACACUGUAUUCGGAAUGCUCAAAGAUACGAGGAAUAUGUCAAGAAAUUCAUUGGAAACCGAAGUUUCAGAAAUCUUGAACAGCAACUCUUCAAACUUAAAAAAAACUAAAAUAGGUGAAGUAACACUGGCUAAGGAAGUGUCCGUGGAAGUGAUUCCCAGUAUUAUCAAUUUGACGAUUCAAGAGUUCCACGAACUAGCUGGAAAAUAUAGAGAUGCCUUCACUGCUUACAAAACAGACUAUUUUGCUGAACGUGGCAGGUUCCAGGAAUUCACAUCCAAUAUUAUCGCCGUUGCCAAUAAUCUCCACACGUGUAUCGAAUCGACUGAGAAGUAUAAGCAACAAAUUCGUCUCUCGAUGGAAGGAGAACAGAAUUCAGCGACAUCUAUGCCAACGCCGUUGUCAGCUGGAAGACGAACAGCUGUCAGUCAGCAGCAGCUUAUAGAAAACAUGGAUGCGUUGAAUCUGAAAUGGAGCAAUGCAGCUUCAGUAGCAAUAAACUACCUCCGGGAAGAAGUAAUAAUGGAUAUAGCACCAAGUCUUGCUGAAUUGUUCUCCAAAAAGUGGUUGAUUGGAAGUGCGGCUCCUGAAACAAUUUGCAUGACGAUAUCUGAUUAUUACCAUGAUCAUAAGCAUCUGAGACCGGUGACAAGAUCUGCGUUGCUUAUGGAUCUGCAGUUCAGAAUUGUUAGCGAAUAUUUGAAAGCUAUCGAAACUAAACGCCUGACAUUCACAUCAUAUGAAGAACGUGCAACUGCGGGAAAACAGAUGAAGUCAGAUGUCGCUCGAUUAGAUCACCUUUAUGCCGAGUUCGCCAGUAGUGACGAUAUGGCAGAUCAGCUUCCACUUCUCACAUCCAUCAUUUCCGCAGCGGGUGAAGUGAUUUCACUUAAAGACAAAUCGCUGCUCUCCCUGGAAGCCACGUCUUUUGCUAGAAAGUUCCCGAAUUGUCCUGCUGAAUUGCUUGCAGCUAUCCUUGCCACUCGUGAUGAUGUUGGUAGGAGUGACGCGCGAAGCUUGGCCGAUGAGGUUCUACAACAUGUUCAAUUCCAUCCGAAAGAUCAAAUUUUCGAUCAACUGUUCGCUCUGCGUCAACAGGAAAGCUCUGAAUGGCUUCCAAGCAUUGGAAUGGCAAAUGUCUUCAAAUCAGAUUUUAUCUCGAGGCUCAAGAGAGAUAACUAA